GCACAUGCACACACACACACAAACACAACCUUUGAACCAUACAUCAUUAGCAAACAGAACACUGGGUACAACUCUGUUGAGAACACAUUUUAUAAAUCACUUGGUGAAGAGAAAUAAUCUUUUUGAUACCAACAAGAUAAAUAGUGUCGAUGUUUCGAGGGAAAGGUUCACCCAGGUCUUACUACCCACUGCUUACAGUGGGAUUAGGAGUCCUUAAUGCUAUUCUGCUGGUAGCAACCAUUAUUCUGAGUGUCAACUGUUACAAAGGUAGUGAAAAGAAUCUUCCUCUACAUCAGAACAUGACACAAGUCAACAGAGAACUGAAGCAGCUCCAAACCAACAACAGUGAUGUGAUCCACGAGAAGGAGACGAUUCACAGAAAACUAGAUGAAGUCCUCAUGGACCAUCAGCAAAUAAGGCUGAAGGUCGAGCAACUGAGGAGCCAAAACGAUAUCCUUCAGGUUCGAAAGGAUCAUCUCCUAGAUGAGAAGAAACAUUUGCUCUCCAGCAUGUCUACUCUUGAGGGAAACUGUGGCCUCUGUUUACCAGGAAGGGAUCUACAGAAAAGCACGUGUUACUAUUUUGCUACUUCUGAUGACCUUCUUAAGAGCUGGAAGAGCAGCAGAGAUGAUUGCAUAUCUCGUGGAGCAGAGCUAGUUGUGAUUGAUAGCAGAGAGAAGCAGCUCUACAUCACUGAGACCUUACUUGCCAUUAACUUCAACUUGAGGAACUUGUACCAUGGUGGAUUUUAUAUUGGGCUCAGUGAAGAGUGCACUCGGGGGACUUGGAGUUCUCAAGGGACCUGGACUUGGGUGCAUGGGGCUAAGCUGUUGGAGGGAUACUGGAUGGAUGGGGAGCCAAAUGAUGCAGAUGGUGGGGAGGACUGCGCUGCUACCUACCCCACUAGAAACCCCCAAAAAGCUUGGAAUGAUAUUCCAUGUUCACAUCGACUGAAAUGGAUUUGUGAAAUGGCACCACAGAGAGCCAGAGUGUCCAUAUAGUUAUUUCUACACCAAAUGGAUUAGAUCAUUUAAGAAACUACAGGUCAGAAGUAUAAGUGUCCGGAGUUAAAGUUUGUCCAAAAUCAAAGUUUUGGACAAAAAUCUUUGUAAAAGUAAUUGUUCAUUCACAGCAAAACAAACCAAACGUUACUUCCUAAUCUGUGAAUUUGCAAUAAAUUGAGUAUGUUUCUAAUGAUUGAUCUGAUUGGUAAACUGCUUGCC